AUGAGCUGCAGACGGAGGGAGGAGAGGAGGAGAAAGACAAGAAGAGGAAAGGAAGGGAAGGGCAGAGAAGGGAGCGCACAGCCCGCCGAUCGAUGGCCUUUAUUCGGCCCGGUUUGCCGCCGCAGUGCGACUCGCUCUCAUGGAAGUGACGCGCAGCGCUGAGUGGUGGACGGCGGGACUCGACCCCGUGUGUGUGUGUGAGUGAGUGAGUGACAGUGAGUGUGAGAGUGAAGAGCGCAUCUCCGGAGCCCUUUCCCUGGCGUGUGUGUAGCGUGUGCGGGACUGGCGCUGCUCCUACCCCUCUCCAAUUUCAUCAUCAUCAUCAUCAUCAUCAUCAUCACCUCCUCCUCCUCCUGGCGCGCGCCGCUCCGGACGCAGACAUGUGCGACCUGAUGCCGCCCUCGCAGCCCGCGGCGGAGAAAAUGGGCAAAAUGAAGAAGUUGCGCAGAACUUUGUCGGAGAGUUUCAGCCGCCUCGCCUUCAAGAAAGAGGACAGUAGCUUUGACGAGAUAUGCGUCGCCAAGAUGUCGGCGCGCGGCCCCCCGGGAUCGGAUGCGGGCGUCAGGCCCCUGGAUCCCAUCCCUGAGGACAGGAAGGCGCGGGUUCAGCGCACGCAGAGCGGCCUCGACGCCUUCGAGAAACCGGCCGGCCAGGUGAAGCGCGUUCACUCGGAGAAUAACGCCUGCAUCACGUCCAAGAGCUGCUCGCUGGGCAAGGAGUCGCCCAAAGUGCGCCGCCACUCCAGCCCCAGCUCCCCCACGAGCCCCAAGUUCGGGAAAGCCGACUCGUACGAGAAGCUCGAGAAACUGGGAGAGGGUUCCUAUGCCACCGUGUACAAGGGGAAGAGCAAGGUAAAUGGCAAGUUGGUGGCUUUGAAGGUCAUUCGGCUGCAGGAGGAGGAAGGGACGCCCUUUACGGCCAUCAGGGAAGCUUCCCUUCUGAAAGGGCUGAAACACGCCAACAUCGUCCUCCUGCACGACAUCAUCCACACGAAGGAGACGCUGACGCUCGUCUUUGAGUACGUGCACACAGAUCUGUGCCAGUAUAUGGACAAGCACCCUGGGGGUCUCCAUCCAGACAACGUCAAGAUGUUCCUGUUCCAGCUGCUCAGGGGUCUGUCCUACAUCCACCAGCGCUACAUCCUGCACCGCGACCUCAAACCGCAGAACCUGCUCAUCGGCGAUACGGGGGAGCUCAAGCUGGCUGACUUCGGCCUGGCGAGGGCCAAGUCUGUGCCCAGCCACACGUAUUCCAACGAGGUGGUGACUCUGUGGUACCGCCCCCCCGACGUGUUGCUCGGCUCCACCGACUACUCAACCUGCCUGGAUAUGUGGGGUGUCGGCUGCAUUUUUGUCGAAAUGAUCCAGGGAGCCGCUGCCUUUCCUGGGAUGAAGGACAUCCAGGACCAGCUGGAGCGCAUAUUUCAGGUGCUGGGCACCCCCUCCGAAGACACGUGGCCGGGUGUGAGCUCCCUGCCCCACUUCAAACCAGAGCGCUUUCCGGCCCAGGGUCCGAAGGAACUCCGGCAAGUGUGGAACAAGCUCGGUGAGGUGGACCACGCGGAAGAGCUCACCUCCAGCUUCCUGCAGUGCUUCCCCAAGAGCCGCCUGUCCGCCCAGGCCGCCCUCGGCCACCACUACUUCAGCAGCCUUCCGCCGCGGCUCUGGGAGCUGCCCGACAUGUCCUCCAUCUUCAGUGUCCCCACUGUCUGGCUGCAGCCAGAGUGCGGGGACGGGAGCGCCAGCCAGGGAAGAGGGACGUCCAAUGGGAAGCAGUGAACCCCCCCCCCAAAAGGGACCCACGAAUGAGACUCAGCAGGUGUCAAUGGUCAGAAGCUGGAGGACGCUGCUACCUGCAGGGGGUGGAGGUGAAGGCAUGGGUUCGACCGGGACAUCCGUUUGCUUGGAAGAAAACUGCUGGGGGCACAGUGUGCUCAGAAGGGUGUGUGUGUGUGCGUGUGUGUGUGUGUGUGUGUGUGUGUGUGUGUGUGUGUGUGCGUGCGCGUGCGUGCGUGCGUGCGCUCAGUUUCCCACCAGAACUAUUUUACUUAUACAGUGAAUAUUCCUUUGUACACUUUGUGUUUUCAUUUCACUAGACUGCAGGAUGCUGUGUGUGUCUGUGUACGAUGGAUUUAGACACACACGCACGUGUGCACAGACAGAUGUAGUGUGCAUGAGUGUCGGUCAGAUUUUUUUUUUUCUGUUUUUUUUGCUUUUUCUGAGCAUUUUGUCCACAUGGUGGGAUUUUUAAUGCACAGGGGUCAUUGUCUCCAACCAAGAGUGUGUGUGUGUGUGUGUGUGUGUGUGUGUGUGAGAACACUUAAGUAAUACUUAAUGUUGCACUUGGCAGCAUUGCCUGUGACCACAAACACUUGGGUCCAUUCGCAAUAGUUUCCCUGCAGCGUUUGGGGUGUGUGUGUGUGUGUGUGUGUGUGUGUGUGUGUGUGUGUGUGUGUGUGUGUGUGCGCGCGCGCGCGCAUGUGUGCGUUUCACUCAAGGGCAAUGCAGCGCUACUGGUGCUAGCGGGUGUAGAACACAGAGCUUCCGGCACAUUCAGACACAAAACUCCCCUCCGCACCAUUGACUACAGCCCCAGUGCAUCGUGGGCUGUGUGACAGUCGCCACGAGGUUCCGAUCAGGGACCUCCACACACUCUUCAUUCUAUUUAUUUAACUUUCUUUUGUGGUAACUAGUGGCCGCGGGGAGCUGAGGGUUACAGGCGUCAGGACUUCCCAUCAUUCCCAGCCACACGACAGCCUCACUCUUGUGGGAGAGGAGCCGUUCUGGCGGCCAUGUGGUCGUAGGUUCGAAUCCGUCUGUUUUGCCCUUUAGGAAGGUACAAGGUUAUGAGAUAUUGGUGACUCGGUGAAGGGGGGGUGUAAGUAACGCGCACACUGUGAGAGGUGGCAUGUGCGGAAUCCUUCACCGUGGUGACCCAGGUAAACCAGGUGCUUCACCGCGUUGCUGUGUCUCGUUCUCCCUCCUCUUCUGCCCUUACGACGGGGUCUCGUUUUGUUGACGACGCAGAAUAUGGUGUUAUGGGAAGGUAAAUAAAGGAGCUGCUUCCAGGCAGGGCGGUGGUUCGAAGCCCCUCGCCCCCAGAUUGCUGCGAUCGAUGCGAGUCGAUAAGGGCGCGAGCGUCAGUACCGGGUGGGGUUGUUGUUGUUGUUGUUGUUAAAUGCACUUUUAAAUCUUUCAUACGGAACGUUCCAGGGCAGCGAGGGCCCUUUGGAGCCUCUCUGGACCCCGUGUUCGUUCGCAGUACGUUGUGCUACAAAGAGGACCUGGAAACCAAGAGGACUCGUCCUCUUCCUCCUCAUCCUCGUCUUCCUCUUCCUCCUCUUCUCGACUGUUACAAAACACGUGAAUUGACUGUGCUGCGUUUCGUGCGCUUCGGACACAGGUGUGUCACACACGGGUGACGUAGGGAUGUCCUGCCGAGCCCCCCCCAGCGCGGUGCGCCGCCUCGACGCCUCCUUCCUCCCUUCCUCCUCCCUUCCCGUUUCCUCCGAAAGGACGACAGUGGAGGGCCGCUGGUAGGCAGCGGUUAAGGGCCUGGCACCGUCGCCUUGAGCUCGCCACUUAAUGCCAACGGGUUUGGACAAAAUACCCACGUGUACGAAAGAGAGAGUCGAACAGCUGUGAGCUGCAGGAGCCCCUUGGAUCAGAGGCGUCUUGGGGGACACCUAAACAAUAAUAAAUAUAAUAGUAAUAAUAAAAUACAGUGAAGAUGGUGGAAGCAAAGCGAAUCUCCGCGAGGCGGCGUUCAGCUUUCGGCUUCCACUUGUCGCACUUCUGUAUGAACACACGCACGCACGCACACGCACUCCUUUACCUAGGGCCUCCCUUCUUUAUGACGUGGGGCACGUGUGGAGGGGGCGGGGCCGACACGCUGCGGGGGGGCCCCUGGUAUGCUCCUAUGGUAAACACAUGGUACCCUGGUACAACAGUGAGUGCGUUUCUUACCGCAUCUGUGUAAUGACGUCAUUAUGGAAGAUGUAAUGUCCUUCUGUAAAUGUUGUUUAUUGUUGUUUUAUUGCCAAUAAAGUUUAUUAAU